AUCUUAAUCUAAUCUCAUAGCCGUCACCGUAGCACACGAACACACACGCUCUUUCUCUUUUCCCAUCGUUUCUUACAAACUAUGGGGAACUGUUUGGGCAAGUCGGAAAAAUUGACGGCGGAGAUUGUACCCCACGACGGAGCUAAAGUGUAUCCCACCGUCCGAUUAUACGGCUCUCCCAAAAGCAUUCUCGCUGCUUAUAUUCGUUUCGCUCUUCUCCACAAGGCCGUUUCGUUGGACUUCGUUCCCUCCAGCGAAACGGACCGAGUCGGAGGGUCCGACCCGGAGAGCACGGUUUCGCUCCAAGUGGGAUCCGAAGUGGUUUCGGGCUCACGCGAGACGCUGCUGCGGUUCAUCGACGCGCGGUUCCCUAAUCCUUCGUCGGUUGGGAGUGGAAGGGAAAGGAGGGAGGAGGAAACGACGCCGGUGCUGGCGAUGUUGACGCGGGUGCAGCAUAAGAGCGUUCUCUGGCACGUGGAGAGGAUGGUGAAGUGGGCGGAGGAUCUGACGACACGUGGAGGGAAGAAAGCCGUCGAUCCUUCCAUGGGGAGUCCGAGGAUGGAGGUAAGGAAAUUCGCUAGGAGUUACUCGGAGUUGCUUGAGGUGAUGAUGGAACACGCGCAGAUGGAGGAGACUGUCCUUUUCCCUAUUUUCGAUAAGGCUGAUCGAGGGCUUUCAAAAGCUGCAAAGGAAGAACAUGCUAGGGACCUACCCCUCAUGAAUGGCAUCAAAGAAGUUAUCAAAUCUGUUGGGGUUUUGGACUCUGGAAGCCCUGAUUAUAGAGAGGCUUUGAACAGUCUUUCUACUCGCCUCAAGUCUUUGCAGGGGCAGUGCAAGCAACAUUUCAUGGAAGAGGAAGUGGAAUUGCUGCCACUGAUGGAGGCACUGGAGAUGAGCAAAGAGGAAGAAGUGAGUGCACUAGAGCAAUGUUUUGAUGUGAUGCAAGGAACACAUGGUCGUUUGUUGAAGUUUCUUCUUGAAGGUCUCUCACCGCAUGAUGCUAUGAAGUACUUGGACUUGAUUGGCAAGUGUAGGGACAACGAAAGAAUGGAAUCCAUGAUCCAGAGGAUAGUUAAGUGAGAAGUGAUCUUCUUGUUGUGUUCAAUCAUUACGCACACAUGGAUGAACUGUGAAGCUUGCUUUGUCAAUAGAUGUAAAAUUGUUUUUUUUUUUUUUUUUUGAGAUAGUUUUUGUGAAGGAAGCACCCAGCACAUGCGCAGGCUUUGGUACUUUACUCUGCUUUUGUGGUCUGGACAUUCUUCUUGAACCUUUCAGCCUGGCCUUUUGAUUAAGGGAAUUGAAAGCAGGGAUAGCAUUUGGAAAAGCAAGGCAUUUUCUUUUUUCUUUUUUCUUUUUCCUUUUCCUCGUGAUAGUUUGGAUAAGGUUGUCAUGAACAUGUUCCUAAAUAAUGUACAUCCAAGUAUAUGCAUCCAAAUUUAUUCAAAAGUAAAUUAAGUAUGCCAGUUUGCCUGUUUUGCUUGUUAACAUGACAAUCUGUUAUUAUUCUUUUGCCAAAUCCUUGUUUGUUCAGUACCUGGUAGCUCAUGUGGUGGGAUCCCCUCCAAAACUCCCUCACCUCUUGUUAAAACAUCAGUAUGCAAAGCUAGCUUCAUUACUG